AUGAAUAACAACGAUGAAAUUAUUUAGAAGUUGGACGUGAUUGUUGCAAACUACUUAAAUCAAAAGGAUCAUAAUGGUUAACUGUUAACUGAAAAAUAUUCAGAGACUUACAUAUAUUCUUUAGUUCAGAAACAUUUAUUCGAUUAUGAAGCAAUUUUUACAGCAUCUUAAAAAUCUGUCAUUGAUGUCUUUGAUUUUAUAACUUCCUUAUUGAAAGUAUAUUUACAACUAUUGAAACUAGUUUACUUCAGAACCUAUAGAGGAUACCUUAUUCAUAAUAGUAUAAGCAAUAGAUUUCUUCAAAGCUAUCUGUGAAGAAUAUUAAACUUAUACUAUAAAAUUUAGUGAUCUUUCAAGUUAUCUUUGCAAAUACAAUCCUAAUUUGGAUGAUGUAAGUAUCCAAUUUGAUUUUAAUAGAAGGAUGUUCCUCUACAAAAUAGAACUAUAACUUAUCAUAAAUAUCCACCUUUGAAAUAGUUCAAUAAACCAUAAAGCAGAUAAGUAAGAAGUAUUGAUCUAGAAGCACCAACUAUUCUUGGAACAUUAGGUCAUUACAUGAAAAGAAUCAACAGAGAAAAAAUAUAUAUAGAUUCUUAGAAAAACUAAAAUAGUUCUAUUCUGAGAAUGUAAUACUAAGAAUCUGAAUUAAAAAUACUGAUUCUACAUUAAUAUAGUGAUUUCAUAAGUACUUAUAACCCUGAUUGUACAUUGCAUAGUAGAUUAAGACCAAAAGCUUAACAAUUAAGAAACAUUAUUCAUGAUUUUUGUUGGUCAGAAGAACAAUAAAGAAUAGGAAUAGUUUUUAAAGAUGCUUGGAUUUGUUUUAUGGAUUAGAGUGAUUAAUUUGAAUUAGAGAAAUACUUUACAACAAAAGUAGAUUAACAUAGAAUUUAUUAUGUUCAAAGCAAAUGGAUGACAAUUGGUGGUGAUUCUAAAAUAUCAAUAUGGAAUUUGGAAACAGAAAAAAGUAGUGUAAUAUCUCAUGAUCAAAUAAAAAAUAUUGUAAAUAUUGUUGAAAUAACUUAUUUAUAAUUAGUAUGUAUAGCUUGUUAAGAUAAGUUAACAAUGUGGGAUUUGUGGGAAUAUAGUAAACCUAAGUUAUUAUUUAAAUUGCAAGUCAAUCAUAGCAGAUUAAAUAACAUAGUUUUCUUUUAGGAAUACCAUUUAAUUAUAACUUCAGGAUUUGAUACAAAAGUGAAUCUGUAUUAAUUACAUAAGAAAUAUAAUGAUGGAGAUUAUGUAGGUUAAUUGGAAGGUCAUACAGCAAUAGUAACAGCAAUUUAAUGUGUAGAGAAAUCUCCAAUAGUAAUAACUACUGAUGAUCGUUUGAUCGUAAAAUUGUGGGAUAUUAGAAUAAUGAAAUGCAUCUAAUCAUUUGAUUUAGAAAUGAGAUAAUCUAUUAAUUACAUAACUAUAAUGUAAAAUCUAUAAAGUGUAUGUUUUGCCACAAAUAGACUGAUAGUAAUGGCUUUUGAGGGUCAGAAUAAAAAUCUUACUUAACCGAAACCUUAAAAAUAGAGAACCUUACACUUAUUUCCUAAGCAAGUGGAAUUAAAUGCAAUAAAAUAAUAAUUGAUAGUAUCAACAAAUAGAGAUAUUCGAAUAAUAAAUUUAUCAAAUGGAUAAACUGAUACCAUAAUUAAGGCUAUGAUUGGUCAAACAGAUGAUAUGAUCAACCAAUUUAAACGUAUUAUAUGUCAAUAUUCAAAGCAAUUCAACAGCAUAAAAAGAUUGUUCUUGGGACAACAAAAGGACUAAUUAAAAUAUUUGAUACAUACUCUGGAGAUCUUGUAAAAGAAUAUUAGAAUAAUAGUAAUAAAAUAACUCAUCUUUCUAUUGAUUAUCAAAAUAGAUUAAUUUCAACAUCAUCAUUAGAUGGUUAAUUGAGUAUAUAUAAGGAGAAUAAUUUAAAUUUCGAAUGUUUAAGGAAAGCUGAAAAUGUUCACAAUGGUAUUGAUUAUUGUUAUGUUUCAUUAUUUCAUGAUUUAAUAAUAACAGCUGGAGUUGAUAUAGUAUGUUUAUGGAAUUUGGAAUUUACAAAGCCAAUCUCUACAAUAAGAACAGAAUCAGCUCCAAAAGGAGUUCACAUUUUAGAUGGUUAUCGUAUAUUGAUAAUUGGAUGUAAAUCUAAUACAUAUUUUCUCUAAUUUGAUAAGAGUGAAGAUUAAUAUUUCUAUUAAUAGAUAGGAUUUAUUCCAUAGAGUUGCUGUGCUUUUACAGAUAAAAAUGGAAUAGUUCUCUUAGGAUCUAGAAGAGGUUUUGUUUGUAAACUUCAAUUUAAUACUAAUAAAUGUUAAAAAGCAUAGUUCCAUCCUUUUAGGUAAAAUUGGGAAGAUUAUAAUAUUGGUGUUAAUAAUCAUAAAGUUACAAGAUUUGUUAUUAAUACAACUCAUGAACUUAAGGUAGAGUAAUUAAUUGAAGUUCAUAAAAAAAGAAUAUAACAUAUAGAUUAUAUAUCUUUAGAAGGGGAUAAUAUAUUAAAAGAAAGUCAAUGUAAAGUAAUUACAACAUCUAAAGAUGGCUUUUUAAAAAUCUUUGAUUAUCCUUCAUUUGAAUUAAUGUGUGCUUUGAAUGUUAAUCAUGUUCUUCCAAUUAAAUGGUCUAUAAAUGUGGAUGUACAUGAAAUUAUGAAAUUUAAAGUAGCUUUUGCAUUAAAAGUAAUACACUUUAUAAGAUCUUAACCUAAUUUAACAAUAAGUCAUUUAAGAAUGUUAGAACCAAACUCUAUUUUUAAGAAUUUAUUAGCUCAAAAGAAAUUUUUUAAAUAAAGUACGAAUGAUAACAAAGUUGAAUUAUUAUAAGAUUUUUAUGAACCUAGAGAUUUAGUAUUUUAAAAAGUAAAAGAAUUUUAUAAAAGUGAGUUAUAAGGACUUUCUUUAAAAUAAAUAGAAGAAAAGAAGAAAGCUUUACUUUAAGCAAAAAUGUUUGAGAAAGAUUAUAAUGAAUAGAAUUUUUAAUCAGAAUAGAAAUAAAAUGAAGAUAUGGGAAAUAAAGAAUUUAAAGGUUGGUAAUAAUUUUUACAUCCAAAUUUCAGAAAAAAUGGAGUAUAAGGUGAAAUUGAAUAGAUUGAAAGAUUACAUAUGGUACAUUAAUUUGAAAAAAGAUUAGAUUAAGUUUUAACAAAAGAAGAUGAAACAAAUAUAAAACCAAAUGUUUCAGGAAGAAGGUAUUCAAAAACAAAAUAAGAAAUUUAAAAUAAAAGUGCUAAUAAAUCAACUAGAUUAAGAUCCACUCUACCUUUUUUUCAAUAUGCAAGUGAUAGAAAAUUAGCAUCAAUUCCUGCUUCAACUGAUACAUCUCAAAGAUCUACUCAUGUUGGAUAUGAUACAAUGAGAGAAGAAUACUCUAAAAAAAGAAUUUAAAGAGUUUAAUUUUUAUCAUAAAAUAUAGGUUAAUUAAUUUCUGAUUUAGAUUAAAAUAAAAAAAAAUAAGGAUUAGAAAUAGGUGAAAAUACUAUGAGAAAAACUAGUGGGUAAGUAUUUAAUUAAAUUGUUAAUAAAUUAAAUGAAAAAGUAAGGGAUUCAAAAUUUAAGAAAUAUUCUAGAAGUAUGUGUAAAUAAGAUUUAGAAGGAAUUCUAAUUGAUGCUCAUUUAGAUUCUAUGUAUUCUAAGUAAUCUUUAAGGAAAUUACCCUGA